AUGCCAAACUACAUGCACUACCUAAGGAUAGACUUCGAGGAUGUCAUUUAUUUCGGCUUUUGCCUUUUCAAAUAUGGCACACGGGCCGCGAUUGCCGUAUCACACAUGUUCGCGUGCAACGAUUCCCUUGAGCUCACGGACUUGGGCAACAUCAACAGCUACUACGGGCCAGGCACUUUCUGCGCAUGGCUAAUCACCAUUACCUACGUCCUUUAUGCCCACGAAUGGAGGACAUUUUCAGGCCGGCUAAGAAACGUCCUUCCACAGCCUCAUGCUCAGGCUGCAUCCGUCACGCUAGAUCCGAGCACAUGCAUCGCAAUUCUUUAUCCCCUCAUCUCCAAUAUCUACGCGAUGUCUCUUGACUUCACUCGGGCAGACUCGAUGGAUGAAGCUGAGCUACGCAAAAUCCAGGCAAAGAUGACGGCAGCCAUCACUGUGACUCAGGUCUCCCAAUGCCUCGCCCUUCCUUCCCUUUUCUGGCGAUACAUUGAGGAGCUGGCCAUGAUCAAUGGCUCUUCGAAAAAGCCUCACAUCAGCAGCAAGGGGCGACUCCUCAUGUGGAAUCUUCUUUGGUUCAGCGGCUGCUUUGUCGUCUGGUUUUCUACCCUAAUAACCGGUGCACCGGGUAGGAUAUCGGUUAGGAUAUCGCUCGUCAUAGCAGUCGUGAACCUGAUCUGUGCCGCGACUUUGUAUGCCGUCAAAAUGCUCGAAUGCGCCGGGUUUGAUAGUUGCUCUAGGGCUGACGUAUUCCAGUCGCUUGGUGUAGUUACCCUGUUCUUCUGUGCGAUUUCAAGCCUCCGGGUUGAGGAGGUGGGGAUGUGCCUCCCGAAUGAUCUCAGAUUUUCUGUUGUCCCUAGGUCUGCAAUAAAGGUGACAGAGCUCGAUCAAAUGGCCAGUCUUGUCUCGGCCGUUCUGGCCGUUCUGUACUCGGCUUGGAGGGACCAUUUCAAGCGGGACAGGGAAAGAACGACGCAUCAGCCGUUCGGUCUGGAAGGGCCUCAGGCCGACACCGAAACCAGUUCAUGA